ACUUCUUCUCCUUGGGAAAAACACAAAAAUCUCCUCUAAAAACUUUAGUGUAUUUUCCUCCAUUUUCACAUCAUCUCAAGAAAAAAAAAAUAUUAAAAAUUAUGGAGGGUGAAUGUAGUUGCAAUUUUUACCAAAGAGCAAAACCAUAUAUAGCUAUGAUUUCAUUGCAAUUUGGUUAUGGAGGAAUGAAUAUUAUAACCAAAGUUUCACUUAAUAGAGGCAUGAGUCAUUAUGUUCUUGUUGUCUAUAGAAAUGCCUUUGCUACUGCUAUUAUUGCUCCCUUUGCUCUCUUUCUCGAAAGAAAAAUUAGGCCAAAGAUGACAUUCAUGAUGUUCUUGCAAAUAUUUGUAUUGGGUCUUCUAGGGCCAGUGAUUGAUCAAAAUUUUUACUAUGCUGGGCUUAAAUAUACAUCACCAACAUUUUCAUGUGCCAUGAGCAACAUGUUACCUGCUAUGACAUUUGUCAUAGCAGUCCUAUGCAGAAUGGAGAUAGUGCACAUAAAGAAAAUUGGAUGUCUAGCAAAGGUGUUGGGAACUAUAGUAACUAUGGUUGGUGCCAUAUUAAUGACAUUGUACAAAGGCCAAGUUGUUAAUUUAUUAUGGUCAAAUAACAUAAAUUCUAAUGAAGUUAUUACUAGUGGAGCUUAUGAUAAAGAUUGGGUGAAUGGUGCAAUUCUUCUCAUUUUUGCUACACUUUCUUGGGCUUCUUUCUUUAUUCUUCAGGCUAUUACCAUGAAGAAAUAUGCAGCUCCAUUAUCUUUAACUGCACUUAUUUGCUUCAUGGGAACUUUGCAAUCAAGUGCUUUAACAUUUGUAAUGGAACACAAAACUUCUGUUUGGAAUAUUGGUUUUGACAUGAACCUUCUUGCUGCUGCCUAUGCUGGAAUUGUGUCAUCAAGCAUAGCAUACUAUGUACAUAGUCAAGUAAUGGAGAAAAAAGGACCUGUUUUUGUGACAGCUUUUAGUCCACUCAUGAUGAUCAUUGUUGCCAUUAUGGGCUCUUUCAUUCUAGCUGAAAAAUUCUAUAUUGGAGGAAUUCUUGGUGCAGUAGUGAUAGUGGCAGGGCUAUACACUGUAUUAUUGGGAAAAUACAAGGAAUAUAAAGAAGAAGAAAUUGAGGAAUCAAUAAUUGAUGAACCAGUGAAGGGCAUUAAUGGAAAUAAUCAAAUGAUGAUUAUAGUAAUUAAUGAUUUAGAAAUUCAGAAAAAUGAUGAAAAAAUAAUAUCAGCAGCUCCAGCAUUCAGUUUCCCUAUAUUGGCUCGGGAAAGCACCGAAGGGUUAAUUUAAAUUAAAUUAUUAAUUAGAAGGAAAAAAAAUAUGUGUAGAGCAAUUUUGAUAUGACAAGUAUGUUUAGAGUAAUUUACUUUUUUAACCUUGAGACUUUUGUAUAAAUAACAAAUGUUCAUCUAA